UGCCAAACGACCGAGCUGCAAAUGCGCGCCUUCUGAACUGCAGAGCAGGCUUCACCUGCUUGCUGUGAGCUGGCUAGAAAAAGGGCGCCAAGGUGCGCCACUGCGCUUGGAGAUGUCGAGAGUCUUAGAUUCUGUCUGGCAAUUCGUGAAACAGGUCGCCAUUGUGACGCCAAUCAUCAUCACAUUCAAUGACCUUGUUGCGGGGGGGCUCACGGUGCACGGAGAGUCUAUGCAACCAACGUUGAACCCACCCGACCGAACUUUUGAGGACAGGAUUUUGUUGGAUAAGCUCAGUGUGUGGGGGUACAAGUAUCGCAGGGGCGACGUCGUUGUGUUGAGAGCGCCAGAUCGGCCGAACGAGUUUCUGGUGAAGCGGCUGAUUGGCCUCCAGGGCGAUUGGGUCAGCAAUCCUGAAACCCAAGACAUGACCCGCAUCCCAGACGGCAAGUGCUGGGUGGAAGGGGACAACGCUGCUGCCAGCAGUGACUCCAGGGAGUAUGGGGCGGUGCCACUAGCGUUGUUAGAAGGACGGGUGUCGCACAUUCUCUGGCCCCCUCAAAGAAUCGGAAGAAUGCAAAGCAGACCACCAGAUCCAAGUCGAGUCGUCAUCAGACGACCAGGGAUGUAAUGCUCACAGCGGAAGUACUGCUACUGUAGCUCGAAUGGGAAGUGACGUUAUCAGUCAUGGAAUUUACGAUUUUCUGUCGGUAUGCAAGCCUAGGGCCUUCAGCCAGUCCUCAAGAUUGGCUCGUUCAACGGUCAACGAAUUGAACGGAUCAUGCAAAGGCUUUACCAGGCUCUGCCCAACCUGACAGCUGCUCUACAAAGUAAGUUCGACCAACUGAGCCACACAUGCAUGGCACAUGUGUACCUAAACACGACCCGGCCGCCCUCAUGCC